CGCUGUCGCUGUCGGUGUCUCCGUCGCCACCGCGGGCCAAGCCCAUUCUAUCGGAAAAACAAAUUUUAUUUAUAGACGGAGGGGGGGAAAAAAGUCGACGUCGCUCGCGUGUCGCAACCGGGCACGCAUCGUGCGUACGAAAUGCGCGCGGCCGCGACGACGUGCCGCGAAAUCGUGCCUCGCGCAUAAACCGUUCGUUAUACCGGCUCGCCCUUUCCGCACGAAGGUUAUCGUCUUGUUAUCUGUGCCAAGCGGCACGAAUUAUUCACCCGUCCGCCUAUCGUGAGUCGCCCGCGAACCGUUUGUGUACAUUCUCGUAAGAUGUUACGUCACCAUCACGCAAUGCAAAAUCAGCUUCGAGAUCACAAUAACAGAAUGGCAGGACCGAUGCGGCCUAUGCAGCAGGCUAAUAUGCCCCAAUUACGACAGCCUCAGCAUUUGCUGCCACAUCAAAAUCCUCAUCAACAAAUACUGUCCAUGCCUCCCCAUCAACAGCAUAUGCAUCACAUGCAGCAUCCCGGUCCGCCGCAUGGAAACCCAAGACAACCGAUGUUGAUGGGCAUGAGUACGCACAAUACAAACAGUACUAUGGUUAGCGUUAGCAUGAAGGAUCAAGCAAAUACUGUUUCUGUGACUCUUCAAAAUGUGCAGCAACCGCAAUAUCCACAUCAACAGCAACCGCAGCAACAACAACCGAAUCAACAAAAUCAAUCUCCCCAACAACCACAGCCGCCGCAGCAGCAGGUACAGCAAUCGCAAUCGCAACAACAACCGCAACAUGUACCGCAGCAGUCAAACGUGGAGCAAUCUAAGGCAGUAACGAACGACGUUGGUGGAGAGUCCAGAGACGAUAAUUCGUCCAAUCAGAAUCAUACCAACGCUACCAAUCCAGCUUUGGCAAACAUGAAAGAAAAAACACCUAUGUGCUUGUUAAACGAAUUAGCAAGAUUCAAUAGGAUCCAACAUCAAUAUAGAUUGACAAAUGAACAAGGACCAGCACAUAAAAAAAGAUUCACAGUGACCCUGAAAUUAGGUGAGGAAGAGUAUGUCGCUGAAGGUCCCAGUAUAAAAAAGGCUCAGCAUAGCGCGGCGACCGAAGCAUUGACGAAAACUUGGUAUCGUCAACCUCCGCCUAAGCCCACCAAGGCCAUGAGGAUCGGUCAUUUAGGCAAAUGUCCAUCAGGUUCUGGACACUUGCCGCCCACUGUCGAAUUGAACGCGUUAGCGAUGAAACGUGGUGAACCAACUGUUUAUACGUUCCGACAAGCUCCACCAGCUGCAUUACAACAUCAGUUUAUGCCACACGGAUUUGGUAAUUUUCCACGGAUGUACAAUCCGCGACUUACAUACAACCGUGGAGUUCAUACGGAUCUUCAAGGACUGUAUCUUGUUACGCUGAAGGUUGGCGAACGUGAAUUUACGGGCAGAGGUUUAACAGGUCAAGCAGCACGUCACGAUGCAGCUAGCAGAGCUUUGGAACAAUUACGUCAGUUGCCACUACCGGAAGAAAUCGCAAACACUAAUAACAUCAAUGAAAAUGGCACGUUAAGUGGAAUUGAUGAUCCGAAUGCUGAAUUGAAGAGUCCCGUAUCUCUGGUACAUGAGACCGCUCUGAAGCGUGGAUUACCGGUCAGUUUUGAAGUCGUGUCUGAAAGCGGUAAACCUCAUAUAAGAACUUUUAUGACAAAAUGUACUGUUGGCGACAAGAUUACCGUGGGAGAAGGAUCUUCAAAAAAGGUAUCGAAGAAACGUGCUGCCGAAUUGAUGUUAGAUGAAUUGAAGCGUCUUCCUCCGUUACCAACUACCAUACAAAACCGAUCAAUGCGAGUGAAACGUAAACCGCCAGCGACGAAGAAGAAAUCUCGUAAUCUAAUCAAAGUGUAUCAGGAGCCCCGUUCAGAAAAUGAGGCCGCGGAGGAAGUCAAUCCAGUUUCCCGAUUGGUUCAAAUUCAACAAGCGAAACGAGAAAGGGAGCCGAUCUACAAUUUGAUAGAUGAAAAGGGCGCACCGAGACGCAGAGAGUUCGUUAUGGAAGUGACGAUGGGUCAGCAUUCCGCGCAAGGAAUUGGACCUAACAAGAAAUUAGCUAAGAGAGCUGCGGCUGAAGCUCUUUUAACACAAUUGGGAUAUAGCAAACCAUCGCCACAACCCGCAAAACCAUCUAUAAAAACAGGAGAAAGCGAAAACACGGAGUCAAAGCCUAGAAAAGUUACGUUUCUCGAGGACGAACAAAUGAACGACACUCAGCCUCACUCGGUAGGAGGUACCAUAGGUCGCCAGUUAGUACCUGGUCUUUUAUUGGUGGAUGGAGGUCAAGAAUCUAAACUGGGGAAUGGACCCAGCGUACAAAUAGUCGCUGAAGAAUUGCGUGAGCAACAACAACAGAAUACAGCUGGUGUUUCGCCCAAGGAUCAAUUGCAUUAUUUAUCUCAGUUAUUUAAUUUCAGCGUAGAAUUUAGCGAUUUUCCUAAGGGCGUAUCCAUAAACAAGGAAUAUUUAUCACUUGUGUCUCUAAGCACCGAUCCACCGCAAGUUUGUCAUGGUAAUGGGGCGACAAUAACUGCGAGUCGCAACCAAGCGGCUCUAAGAGCGCUUCGUACUCUUAGUAAAUUGGGACUUGAUAAUGCCUCGAACGCAGCACAAGUGAAGAAAGACAAAGGUGCGUCUGGUGAUGGAAUACACAUUAGCAUUCAAGUUAAAAAUAACAUUAUGGAUGGAGCUAUCGAUAAGUAACUGAGUAACGCUUAAGACUUAUACAUAAUAAUGUUGAGUUAUAUAUUUAUGCUUUUUUAAGACACUGCAGAAGAAAAUUAAGUGAAGUUGUUCCAUUGUUAUAAAAAAAUCUUUACAAAAUUUAUAUUAUUAACACUGUUCAUUUAUUAUUAUUUUCAAAUUUGGAAAUAUUCUUGGAACACUUAUUUCUUUAUUUGCAACAAGGGAAUCACCUACGGCUUUCUCAGCCAAAUUUUUAUUAGAUCUUAUUUUAUUUAUUUAAGGAAUUUGAUCUAAUAAAAAUUUAUGGAAUAUUAUUUUUUUUUACAAAGUCAUAAUCUAUAUAGAAAAAGCUACUAUGUAAUAACUUGGCUAUAUUUAUAAUUGUAAAAAUGUAUUUAUAUCUACCUCAAAAAAAUUUGUCAAAGAUCUAAAGCGUUUCAUAUGAUCUGGAUAUUCUUAUUUCUUGUGUUUGUUUCUAGAUUGCUUAAAUAUUCAUUAUUAUUGAAAUAUGAUAAAAAUUGAAAGAAUAUAUAUCAAGAUAAAUUUAUAAAAAAAUUAUUUAAAUUAAUUGUCUACAUAUAUUAUGUGUAAAUCUAUCUAAUCUUUUGCGGUGUCUUAAUUAUAUUAAAAUACCGUUCAAGCACCAAUAAGCGAUAUGUAUUUAAUGAUUGUGUAUGAAUUCUUUCGUUUAAUGACUAAGAAUGUCUAAAUAAUCACAGUGGACAAUGCCGAGUUUCUGUGACUAUUGGAAAUCUAUUGUUAAAUUACAAUAGCAUAUCAUUGAACGAUUUGUCUUGCAAAAUUAAUGGUAUUAUGGUAUCAUGAGGAAUAUUAUUGGUGCUUGAUCAUAGUUGCGAUCCUAGCAGUGACAGAUAUAACUGCUAUAUUUAUUGUAACAUUUUCAUUGACAGGAUCACAAUUGCAAUAUACUUAUCUACAAUGAUUCAAAAUGGUCAUUCUCCAGUUAGGAUCAGUUUAUAAUAUAUAAUGAACACUAUAGGAAAACAUUAAGUGAAGUCACACGACCUGGAGAUGAAAUGCGACCAUCUCUUAAUUUCUCAAUUAAAUUCCUUAGCUUCCAUAUUAUCAUGAAUAAAAAGCUAUGUCUUGUUACCUAAUAAUAAUAUACAAAUUGAUAUAA